UUGGAUGCGGUGUCAAAGUCGGUAAGAGCACCAACAUGGCGGGCCCAUCCAAACGUAGCUGGAGAAGUCUGACCGUUUUAAGCGGUUAUAUCGUCCCUAAAGGCGAAGUCCCCAAUGCCCCAGGAGCUGGCGAUAUUGGAGACGACUCAGGAUCAGAUGAUGACGAAGACGGAGAUGUGCAGUGGUUGGAUAUGAACGAAAUCGACGAUGCAAACGCAGGCGUGUCUGUCGCUGUCCCCAAACGGCUCUGCAACCAGCUAGUUCAUGUGAGGGACAAGUCUGGCAGAGUCCACCGUGUGAAGGGGAGGUUCCCUUUGCAGGAUCCCUGGUGGGACCUCAGCGUGGAAUGUCGUGCAAGCGGAGGAAACAUGUACUUGACGACCGGCUAUCCUGAGUACCGACUCAACAUGAACCCUUCCAUACAUCUAAUCCUACUCUUCCUGAAGAAAUGUGAAGUCCAUGAGGACCACGUCAAAGACUUUCACGACACACUACAGAGAGAGCCAUCACUCCAGGGGACUACACUGAACUUCCAGAACCUGCGGGAAGUAGUGGAACAGUAUGGCUCUUUAAAUGAGACUACGCAGGCAGUGUCUGGUCAAAUGCUUAAACACAUAGAGUCUGUGGGUGGAGAGGAGGCUAAGGCACUAUUGGCCCCCUCUUGGCUGCGCUAUGGCCCCAAACUGCUGCCCAGGAGGUUCUACGGACUGCUCAUGUCAAAAGAAGAAAGGCUGAAAGUCCUGGAGACAGUGACUGCACAGGAGCCAUGGAAGCUUGGCUUUGGGCCGAUCAUGUACUGGGAGCACAGAUUUAUCGGCUGUGAGGCGACGCUAGAUGCCUUCAAGCACUGCAACCUCCUGGAGAGGUUUCCUCCCACAGAGAAGGAUGCCAUCUACAUCUACGACUUCAUCAAGUCAAAGUGCCGCAGGGAGGGACACACGUUCGUAUACGAGAAAACCCUCCACCGGCGGACUUUCAGAGACCACAAUAUCGUAAACAGGGUCAAAGCCUUGAAGUUUCUGGAGGACAACAGGGUCACAGUUCAGCUAGAGGGAAAAGUUUCCCUGAAGAGGUACUAUGACUAUGAGUGCAAUAUCAAAGAUGGUAUUGAGGCACUUCUUCAUAGAGACAAGGAAAGCAAGUGGGUGAUAAACUCUGACAGGCUUCAAGGAGUCUUUGGAGAAGAUGAAGACCAGAAGAAGGCGUCCGAUCUGAUCUGCAAGAAUCCCGUAACUGUCAUGUCAGGGAAAGGAGGGUGUGGGAAGACCUACGUGGUCAGUAAAGUGUUCAAAGAGGCACACAAGCAAAUUCUUAGGGAGGAAGCAGCAGCUAAGCGUGAUGAAGAGCGUCUGAAUAGGAGCCUAGACUCUACUAUGGACGGUCUGUCAGGGCAGGAAAACAUGGAGAGCAGCCAGGAGGACACUGGAUGUGAAGGCACACCAGGUAGAAAAUCAGGAGGCACAAGCUUAAGGGGUACAUCUCUGCAUGCUGCAUGCCGGAGUCCAGCCAGAAAGGAAGAGGAAGAUGAAUCCAUCGGAGCAAUCCUACUGACUGCUCCCACAGGAAAGGCCGCUCACCUCCUCGGGAAACGUACAGGCCUGAAAGCGUACACGCUACAUCAAGUCAUCUGGUCCUACAGGCACAAGAAACGUGACUGUAAGUGGAGUUUCAGGGACGUGCGAGCGUUGGUAGUUGACGAGAGCAGUCUUGUGUCUGUACAGACCUUUUCUACCCUGUUUUGGAUCCUCCUGGAACAUGCCAGCCUACAGAAGCUGGUGUUACUGGGUGAUGUCGACCAGCUGCCUUCUAUAGAACCUGGGAACUUCCUCACAGACAUGUACCAUUCCCUGGCUCCCAUUGGCUGGAGUAUCAAGCUGAGGACCAAUCACAGAUCAGAGUCCAAGUUGAUUGUGGACAAUGCAACACUGAUUUCACAACAGAGACUCCCACAGUUUGAUCCAGAAAGGAAUUUUCACCAAGUCAGAGUGGACAGGGAAGACAUGUUAAGCAGUGCCGUGACUCGUCUUUUGCAGAAUGGCUGUGCAAACGACCACAAGACUUCACAGUUUGUUGCCUUUAGAAGGAAGGACUGCAACAUCAUCAAUGAAGUCUGCUGCAAGCACUACUCUGCACACACCAUAAAGAAUCACAAGAACCGUAGCUGGUUUCAGGUAGGAGACAAGGUGUGCUGUACAAAAAAUGCCAAUGUCAGUAUUUUUGUCGAUUACAUGGCAAAAGCAACAGAUGACAAAGAGGAAGAAAAAGACAAAGAUGAAGAAAAUGAUGAGGAAAAGGAGAAGAAAGUGAGAAAAGUGAAGAAAUCUAGUGACACUGUCAGAUUGUGCAAUGGGGAGAUCUUCUUCAUCAUAGAGGACAGGACUAUCACAGAGAAAGGCAAGACAAGACGUUGGCUGACCUUGGAUGACCUUGAGAGGCAAAUCCAGGUUGACUACGGUGAGGUCAAGAACAAAGGAGGACUGAAGCACGCCUGGGCGAGAACUAUUCACACUUACCAGGGUUCUGAGUCAGACACGGUGCUGUACGUUGUGGGGACCCCCACGCGCCAUCAGAACUGGCAGCACGUGUACACGGCGGUGACACGGGGCAGGAAGGAGGUGUAUGUGGUGACAUCUCCCAGCGCUCUCAGCCAGUCUGUCCGGACCCUGCCCAUCUUCAGGAACACUCACCUGCGCAAUUUCCUCGUAAAGGUGUUGGAUCCCUGGAGGCCUCCUUCAGCUAGAGGAGUUUUUGGUACCCAACCCCAGGCUAGAGGUCCUGUUACAGCACUGGACCUGUGCACAGGUAGAGACAGUGGUGCAGGGCCCAGCACUGCAGCAGACCAUGGAGAAAUGGGGAAGUUCACUGCCAUUUCAGCACCAGGGACAGUUCUGGGGGAACGGCAAGGAACACCCAGAGUCAAGGCUGUGGAAGCUGAUAGUCCCUUUACCAGCCCUACGCCAGCAAAGAAGAGAAGAGCAUCCUCUGAAAGCUUUGCUAAAGAGACCCCUGGCAACAACAGCCGGAACAGCAGCGAGCAAUGGUCAGACUGGGGAGGCAGUUUUGUGGAAGAAGUCCUGGAGGCUGAAGUCAGGCUUUCUCAGCAACACGAAGGGCAAAGAUCAAGCUCAGUUGUCACACAACAUUGUGACAGUUCAUCAGAAAGCAAUUUUGUGGAACUAGAUAAUGAGGAGUUCACAGACAGUGAGAUGUGGAGGAUUGGGGAAGCAGAAGAUGGACAAGUUGUUGAUCUCCCAAUGACAGAACUGCACGAAUCGAAAACAACAAAGAAUUCUUCAGAAAAUGAGUGCACUACAUUUGAGGGCCAAGUAAGUGGUCGGCAUGGCAAUGACAGUCCAGACAUGUUUGCAGAACCUGAAAACCCAGACAGGAGUUUUCACUCAGAAAAUAAAGAAGCCAAUGGCAGUGGUUUGGGAACUACAAGUCAGGCUGAUCACACAAAUACAAACACUCAGAUGAGUAUGGAGGGUGUGAAGAGUUCUGGAGUUAGCCCAGGAAGCCCAGAGAUUCCAAUCAUCAGGAUUCCAAAAACUUCAAGGCUUACAAGAUUCAAAGGAUCUCGCCGCUCACGCUACAAACAUGUAGAUGGUGAUAAAACACAACCUGGUAAGAGCACUGUGCAAAGGGAGUCUGCUCGUGGGUUGUCUACACCUGCAGUACCAGAAAGAACCACUAGUAGUGCUGUUGAACAACUACAACAGCCAUCAAGAAGUCCCCCCACUCUACCAUCAGCAGGGGGCAACAGUGUGACAUCACCAAAGCGAAUACUAUCUGAGAAAGACAAGGCAUUACCACCCAGCACUCCUACAAAGGUACAGAGAACUGACACUUCCAGCAGCAGCCUCCUGCAGUCUCCUCCAUCCAACAACUUGAGUCAGUUAAGCCUGGAAAGCCCCAACAGGCCCUGAAU